GAUCACAAAAUACGACAAGAAGAAUUAGUAUAUUCGAUAAACUUUCAAUUUUGUAUUUAAAUAAUUCUCGAUAAUUUAUUGAGUUGUAAAGUUAGUUUUAUAAUUAAAAAUGCCCGACCAUUUAGGAGAUGAUAUGAGAAAAGUGAAAGAUGACAAAGAAGAACCAGAAAAGGAAAUAAAAUCUCUCGAUGAGGGGGAUAUUGCACUCUUAAAAUCAUAUGGACAAGGCCAAUACACGAAGAUAAUCAAGGAAGUUGAAGAUGGCAUACAAACAGUUAUGAAGAGAGUCAAUGAACUCACAGGUAUUAAGGAAUCAGAUACAGGACUGGCUCCUCCAGCAUUGUGGGAUCUUGCUGCCGAUAAACAGACGUUACAAAAUGAACAACCAUUACAAGUGGCAAGAUGUACUAAGAUAAUUAAUGCAGAUUCAAAUGACCCAAAGUACAUUAUAAAUGUAAAACAGUUUGCAAAGUUUGUUGUCGACUUGGCUGAUUCUGUAGCACCUACGGAUAUUGAAGAGGGCAUGCGAGUGGGGAUCCAUAUACUGAUGUGGUGGAGCUGUGCGCACUGCUACAAUGUCUGGGCUUUUCCAUUAAAUCUUUAGAGACAAGUGACGGCAACGUGAGUCAAGACGGUGGCGUCAGGACUGUCGUCAUUAAUUGUCAGGCAUCAGGUCUCCACGUAGUCCUAGAAAGCCAUAAUGUUUCCUGCUCCUGCCCGGCGACUAGUCAGCAACAAACUAGUGGUUUUUGGCAAGUGUCAGGAACUAAGGGCGGAAAACAACUUGACAAGGAAUGUGGCAGUUCCCUUCUUGGGUAUCUACCUAAAGUAUAUCGCGAACGCUUAACAAAGGAAUUGCUGGAUAUUGUGCGUUGUAUUAAGGAGAAUAAUGAAUCGGACUUGGAAAAGCUAAAGGAACAGGAAUCACUGGCAAAUAAAUCAGCAAGCAUGAUCGAACUGAAAACCCCAGAAAAACAGCUCUUUCAACUACCGUCGGCUACCCCAACUCGCUAUCGUUCCCUAGAUACACUGACCACAGGUAAAGAUAUGACCGAUGAGAAUUUGCCAGCGCCUGGUUUAUUGCAGAAACAUCUUUCAGAUAAAUCCUCUACCGAUGCCAACGACCAGGAUAAUAAAAAACUGAUGUGCCAGAGACAGAGUACGUACACGUUGUCAUCGACUCCUGAUAGCAUAAGACGGCGCAAUAAGACGUCAAGUCCCAUUCAAGGCCCCGAUAAUAAAAUAUUGGAAAUUCUUAUAUCCGCUGAGAAAGCUGCAGAGGACCUUCGAAAUAAAUUAUCUAAUAUCGUUAAAGAAAUAAAUGAAGAUGGAAAAAAUGAUUCUUCAAUGUGUUCACUAGUUUUGGACGUUUCUAAGAUAUCUAUACUAAAGGGCGCUGAAUCAUCGAAAACGCAGUUCGCAUCAAGUCCAAAUCUUUCAGCCUUGGGAAGCGGCAUCGAAGACUUUUCUAAAUCAAGGCUCAAACGGGCGGAGAGCGCAUCCACUUCCAAUUUAGUAACUAAUAAGCCUGUUUCGAAAGACGGAAAGAUGUCAAAACUUCGUCGAAUUUCACCAAACAUUUUUAAAUUUAAAAAAGACAAUCCCGGCGUCUCCAAAAUUGCGACAUCCCAAGAAAACAAAAGUAGCAAAUUACAACACAACGCUUUGUUCAAACCGAAAAUAGUAACGCCAGUACGUGUUCCAAAAGUGAGCCUCGAACCAAGCCCCAAUCUCAGCGCUACCAGAAAGAAGUUCAGUCAUGUCAAAUCUACAAUACCUAGACCAGCUGCUAAGAAGGAAUAAUUUUACACCUAGAAUAUUAAAUACAACUUAGGAUCGAUUUGUUAAAGUUUUAAAUUCUAAACAAAUAAAAACUACAAAAUAUUGU